GUUGCGAAACAAAGGACUCGGGCAAAGUGAUGCUAAAUGCAGUGUGAGGUCAGUGUUUGUGAAUGAAGAGGAGUCCGCUCCACCUGUCUCAAAGCGAAGAUGGACGUCAGCGUCUCCGUGUCCUUCUUUCAAGAGCAGCUCGGCUCUGCCAUCGAGCACGCAGUGAAGGCGGCUGUAGACACCGUCUUGUGGGAAAUUACUAAAGCUGUCGGCAGCAAAUUCACUGAGUUGCACAUAGAAAUGUGCGGAAUGGAGAAGGAGAAUGAAAGUCUGAAGCUGAGACUGGAAAUAUCAGAGAGCGAGUUGAAAGCGCUGCGAGAAUGCAUGAGCGCUGCAGGGGCAGAUAUUAAACAACCCCUCACAUUGCAAGAUCCCAAAGAGAGCCACGCUAUCCCUGAGUCUGAAGCACAGGAGAGGUCAGCGACAGAAGCGAUUUCCACACAAGAGGAGUCCUUUGAGCAGGAGUGCUGUGCAAGUCUAGUGCAGGUUACAGAGCUGCCGUUUGUUAAAGAUGAAGAGGUCCCUCAACAGGAAUGUGUUCCUAUCAAAGAGGAGUUCAUAGAGCAGGAAUGUGUCUCCAUCGCAGAGGAACUUCCUGCUGAAUAUAAUGCCUGUACACUUGAGGAGAGCAAGCUGGGAUCCAGGCUGUGUGAUGAUUCUCCAUCUGAAUGUGAACUGGGAUUGAGAGCUUCUAUAGUAGAUGAAGGAGAGCACGACUCCACUCCAUCACCGCGCUGCGAAAACUCUUCUAAUGGCAAACCACAACGCAAGAAACACAGAGAGACGACACCCCAAGAAGAAAAUGUGGAGACAUUGAGAACUCACUCAGUUAAAUUUCCUUCUUUACAAGACAAGGAGAGUACAGAGAUGCCACAUUCUGCAUGUUUUAACAGUUCUGAAACCCAGGGCAACUUGAAGACCUUGCCUCAUUCUAUUACAGGUGGGAAGAGUUCCUAUCAAUUAGGUUCUCUUAAAACUCGCAAGGGAAAUCACACAGGAGGGACUCCUUUUUCUUGUGGUGUUUGUGGGAAGAGUUUCAAACAUUUAUCGCAUCUUAAAAGACACCAUCUAACUCACACAGGAGAGAAACCUUUUCACUGCACUGUGUGUGGGAAGAGAUUCAGUCAGUUAAAUGACCUUAAAAGACACCAGCGCAUUCACACAGAAGAAAAACCUUAUCACUGCACUGUGUGUGGGAAGAGUUUCACGCGGUUAGGAAAUCUUCAAACACACCAGCGCAUUCACACAGAAGAGAAACAUUAUCACUGCCCUGUUUUGUGGGAAGAGUUUCAGUUUUUUAGGAAACCUUAAAAUCCACCAGCACAUUCACACGAGAGAAACCUCAACACUGCUGAAGUGGGAAGAGAUUCAGUCAUUUAGAAAAUCUUAAAAGUGUGCAGCCCUCUCCCUGCACUUCAUGUGGGAAGAAGUUCAGUCAGUUGGAGACUCUUGAAGGACACAAGAGGAUUCUCAGAAUUUCAGACACUUGAGGACACCUAAACCAGGAGUAAGUUUGACUAAAAUACAGAAACAUUUACUGAAAACAAAAGAAUCAACUCGCUUGAUUAGUCACUCCUGAUCACAAUUACUUCAGAUCAAAAACUCGCAAAUGGAAAAUAUGAAAUACUGCAUCUUGUUUGGACUAUUCAUCAUUGUGUUGACCAUUGUUUUGUCAGAUUAGGAAUCUAUUCAAUAGAUUAUUAUGUCUGCAAGUUUCCCUUUUUUUCCUCAUGCAUUACUCAGCCUCUUAACAUGAAGAGGUUAAAUUCUGUAAUAUACAGUGGAAUUAGGAAUAUUUCUCUAAAUAACGUGUGUAUAACAUGCAGUGCAACUAGGAUAGGCGAGUCAGUGUUUUCGCUAGUUGUAACAGACAUCACCCUAAUCUUCCCCCAGAACAAUUUGUAACAGUUGGUUGCCUCAACAAAACAGACAGCGAUCAGCCCCCAGAGCAGUAAAAGAGACAGCGAUCAGCCCCAAGAGCAGUAAAAGAGAUAGCGAUCAGCCUCCAGAGCAGUAAAAGAGACAGCGAUCAGCCUCCAGAGCAGUAAAAGAGACAGCGAUCAGCCUCCAGAGCAGUAAAAGAGACAGCGAUCAGCCCCCAGAGCAGUAAAAGUAACAGACAGCGAUCAGCCCCCAGAGCAGUCCUUUGAAAAAUGAGUACUGCUCAUACAUCAAGCAGGUUUACAUCAUCGUGUCUAACUAACCUGCUUGAUUUUUUUGAAGAUGCAACAUUUACAAUGGAUAACUGCAAAGCAUA